AUGGCUAGUUGUAUCUUACUGCUAGGAUUUCAUCUGGAGACGACGAUCGCAACUCUAUCACCUGAAAUAUUCGAGCAGGUGUAUCUGGCCCCCAAACCGCGACUCGAGGGAGGAGAUCUCCGGCACACGUUUGGUAACUCAACCCCAAUUGCUGUUGUCGGUUUGCGCAUAGGUCUGACGCCUUUGUCUAUUGAGCUCAUGGGCUGGAAUGGAGCAGGCGGCCAGACUGCUACUGUUGGAAUAGGGGAAUUCAUCUCAGGAAACCCCUUCCCUUCCGUCGUAUUCCUGAGUUAUUGUUGUCACUACUUGACAUUCGCAUCUACCUACACCCCCUCCUUGCCGCAAUCUCUUCAUUCAACGCAGAUGCUAGCCAGACUCCAAAACCGUUCCUCACAAGUUUUAGUUGAUGCUGACUCGCUCUUAGGCUUCUACUUAUUGAUUAUGAGCCUUCUCUCGCUCAUUUUCUUGACUUGCUCUCUCCGCACCAACGCAGUAUUCGCCGUCGUGUUCGGUGGCGCGACAAUCGGCUUCUCUUCUGGAGCUGGAGCAUUCUGGCACCUUUCGUACGGAAACAACUUAAUAGGCCAGCGUCUACUUGUCGCCACUGGCGGCUGCUUCUUUGGUUCUUGUAUGGCGGGCUGGUACUGGUUAUUUGAAAUCAUGAUGACUGCGGUUGAUAUGACGUUCGUCGUCCUAGUUUGCGACUUGAGCACUCUUAUCAAAGGUAUGAACGAUCGGAAAAAGCCUCUUGCUCUCACAGAAUAG